UGCAACUAUCUUUGACACUCCCUGAGGCCACACCCUCCUAAGCAAUGCACCUGGCUAGAGAGGCAGGAGGAUGCCUGUUUGUGGUGUCACUCUGAUCAUUACAGGAUACAUUUCCACUCUGCAGUGACAUCCACACCAAGUCCAUGCUGAGAUUCAAAAUCCCCGCAUUGCCUUAAGCAGGGAUAGACUGAAUGGGAUUCCUGGUCUGGGAAGAGGAAACUCAGAGCCAAACUGCCUGGCGUAAACCUGGACAAAGACAGUGAGUCCGGAUGAAAUGUUCACAAGCCUCAUCUUCAUUCUCUGCUCUGUGAUUGCACCUCUUCUCACAGGUGAAGACGACCUGCUGCCAGCCCCUCAAAAUGUCUCUAUCCACUCGACCAACAUGAAGCACUUCCUGACCUGGAGCCCAGUGACAGUUCCUGGAGAAACUGUGAGAUACUCCGUUGAGUUCCAGGGGGAGUACGAACGAACGUAUGUCAACAAGAGCUGGAUCCCCAUCAGCGAGUGUUCGCUUAUCAUGGUGACACAGUGCAACGUGACAGACGACAUUUCUGCCAAUGUGCCCUAUAACCUGCGUGUGAGGGCAAAGCUCGGGUCUCAGGGUUCAAAGUGGAGCGCCCUCGAUGAGCUCUUCGAUCGCAAAAUGACUCUCCUCACGCCACCCUUGAUGAGAGUCUUUGCAGACGGGUAUCACUUGUUGGUGGAGCUGGAAGACCUGGGUCCAGCCUUUCAAUUCCACGUCGUCUAUUGGAGGAAGGGCCGGGAAAGUUGGGUGCACAAUAAGACCGUGAAGAAAAUCAGCUCCGUGGUGCAUCUGGACAGCAUGGAGGCCGGCGCAGAGUACUGUGUGACAGCCCAGACCUAUGUAGAGGCCAUCAACAGGAGCAGUAACUUCAGCCAGAUGCAGUGCGUUCACGGGCCAGAUGGCAGCAGAUCCACCUGGAUGACAACUACCAUGAUGUCUUUCGCUGGAUUUCUUAUAGGUGUCUUGGCCCUGCCUUUCCUUGCCUGCAAA